CAGUCAACGGACGCCUCACAACUUGACAGCGCUGUACGACUCGGAGUUUAAAUAAAUUUGUGAAAUAUAAACUUUAGCAAAAAAUGCCUUCUUACAAAUUAACGUAUUUCAAUGGGAGAGGGAGAGGUGAAAUUUCAAGGCUUUUAUUUGCUGCAGCUGGAAAAGCAUUUGAGGACAACAGGAUAGAAUUUGCAAAUUGGGGUGGACUAAAAAAAGAUACUCCGCAGGGAACGUUGCCGGUGUUGGAGAUUGACGGGAAGCGAAAGAUCUCACAGAGUUUGGCGAUUGCUCGAUUCCUCGCAAGGGAAUUCAAGUUGAAUGGUAAGGAUAACACUGAAAUGACCUUAGUUGACCAGAUUAUGGACACCGCCGUAGAUCUCUUUAGCGAGGUCGUGAAAUUUGCCUUUCUCCAGGACGAAGCAGAAAAGGCCAAGAAACGUGAAGAAUUCCUACAAGGAAAAGCAAAAACAUUUCUCGAAUGUUUGGAAAAAUUGGUGAAGGAAGGCGGAAAGGGCGACUUCGCUGUUGGAUCUUCUCUGACGAUUGCUGACCUUAUGCUUUACGCAUACAUAGAAAAUUCUCAAUGUGUGGGCAUCUUGAAAGAUUUCAAACUAUUGGACGCCAACAGAAAGAAGGUCGAGCAACAACCAAAGAUAAAGGAAUACUUGGCGAAGAGGCCCGUCACUGCCUUCUAGUGCAAUAACUGUCCAAUCAUAAUAUCUAACUACGACAAAUAACUACAAAUCGACUUGACUGUCUAUUUAUGUCGCAUUCUACUCUGUACAGAUUCUCAUGACAUUUACCUCGUUGUUUUGAAUUUUACAUGUUUACUGUUAUAUUUUUAAUAAUGUGAAUAAAAUAGGACUUGAUUAUU